AUGGCUUCCGCCCGCCCCUCGUCUCCCCUGACCUCGGGUCCCGAAUCCGGCCCCGACUCUUCAGGUCCCGCCGCAAAGUCCAGCGCUACCUCGAUCGCCCGUGCCGGCUCCCCUCCCGGAGGUCCUCGCUCUGCUAUCCGACGACGUGCUGCCGCAGACCACAAAGAGUCGGUCAAGAAUGCGCGGCCCUCAAGCACACGAGCAGCUGGCGCAGGUGGCAGCUCAGGAACCAUGCUGAGACUGUACACUGACGAGAGCCCGGGUCUCAAAGUCGACCCUAUGGUCAUCCUGUUCUUGAGCCUGGGCUUCAUCUUCAGCGUGGUGGCAUUACACUGUAAGUGA